AUGACGCCGAAUGUGGACAGAAGCACAGGGAUUGCUGGGAUGCAAAGCAAUGCAUCACGGGGCUUUGGGAUAGGACCCAGGAUGCCCUGCGACCCCCUCCAUCUUCCCACAACGCUUAGCGGCAGAAGAAGAAGAGAUGCUCUGUGGGAUAGCUGCCCAGAGUGCACCACUCCAAAUACCACUGCAAGUGCAGCAGUUUCCCUUCAGCGCUCUCUGAUCGGUCCUGUAAUUGCCGAUGCUCAUCAACUGAUAUUUAAACCGCUGGUAAACAUCGGCUCUCCCAGAGAAAGUGAAUGGGGUUUACCAGCUUUUCGAAAAGAUCAGCAUUCCCUUAUAUGUAUCAUUUUGUGUUUUAGGUGUCUUUUAAGCUUGGCACUAUCUUUACAAGUAAUCCAAUUUGGAAAUGGCUGUGAGGGGGAGAACUGUGAUGAUAACCCAGACCAGAAAAAUCCAAACACUUCCUUAACCACCUUUAAUGAUAUAAAUAAUCUCAAUUCUGAGAGGAGAAGGAGGAACCCCUCUGAAGUCUUACCUUUCAUUGGGCUUACAGAUGCCAGAAAACUGAACAGAAGCUGCUGUCAGAAUGGAGGGACCUGUUUCCUGGGGAGUUUUUGCAUAUGUCCAAAACACUUUACUGGCAGACACUGUGAACAUGAUAAACGGAUCAGUAGCUGCGGUGCCAUUGGCCAUGGAGAGUGGACCCAGGAAGGAUGUUUGUUCUGCCAAUGUGUUUAUGGGAUUCUGCACUGUUUCCCUCAAAACCAGGAAGAUGGUUGUGGUCCUACAAAGAAAAACAUGCCUGCUUGGAUUCAUCUUGGAAUGAGUUCUGAAGGACCAAAACUUCAACAGACAACAAACAUCCCUAUAGUUUCAUUACUGUUUCCUCUGCUUUGUCAGCUCCUCUAA